AUGUCCACACCCGUCGCCGACUACGCCUCUGACCUCGUCACGCGUCUCUGGAAGCGCGCCGAGGGCUCCAUCGUCACGCAAGGCAUUCUCCUCGCCCUCCCCCCCGCCAUGCUCCUGUACGGCGUGCACAGUACAGUGCGGCGCAACAGGGUCGAGGCUGAAGUCCGCGAGCGACUACGCGUGAUGGAGCGAGACGCUGCCUCGGUCGUCGCAGCGCACAAGGAAGUCACACGAACGCUCGAGGAGCUCGACCACACCCUUGCAAACAUGCGCACCGCUCUCCGGACACAGGCGACGUCGUGGGCUUCCCUCCAGCCCGAUGCGAGUGCCGAGGAUAUUGCGAACUCGUACUCGAAGGUCGAGGACUUGCACUGUGCACUCAUGUUCGAUCUCGGGCUCGCACUUGGAAACACGAAGAAGAUUCGACAGACUGUAAACCGGCGGCCUUCCCAUGACGCUGCGCCGGAGACCGACUUGGUCCGCUGGCUCAUCGAGAUCUUCUCAAGCAAAGCGGUGGGCUGUGCCAAGAGAUAG